AAUGCUUUUUUAUUUAAUUGACAAAAAUUGUGUAUAUCUAUGGCAUAGAGCAUAAUGUCAACAAACGCGUGCACACUCUGACUCUAACAAACCACACACCACUUUUCUCUGGUGAGGACACUUAAAAUCUAUUCUCUUAGCAAUGUUCAAGUAUGAAGUACAUUUUUGUUCUCCUUUUUGCUGUAAAAUGUUCCUGGGGAAACAUUUACUUAAAUAUGAAAAUGCGGACAUGUCGCACCAAUUAGUGGCCCAAUUGUUAUUUAAUAAUAAUAAUAAUAAGUACUGCAAAUGAAUAAUUCGUAAUGAAUAAUAAUAAUAAGUAGUAACAAUAUUACUUGAAGAGGCGGGCCCUAGUGGGAGAUGAUUAGUUCACUGGGUACGUUCCCCUUGAAAAGGAUUAAUGUAGGUUUCGCGUGGGGGCCCCAGUUAGCUGUUGAAAGAAUGGGCUGUGCUGAAGCAAGCCCACCCCGGCACUUGCCCCUGCUGCUGUGGUCAUUUCCCUUCCCACUUCUCUGCCGUCCUGAGAUAGAGGCAAGGCGCCCUCUCUAAACCCAGCCAGACACGUCCUGCACCUUCAUCCGUCUCCCGCUCACACUCUUGCCUGUACCGUGGCCCUGCGAAGACUCAACCCAGCCUCCUCCUCAGACUGUCUGUGCCUCUGCUGUUACCUUCCCCGUUCCCUAUGAAGGUAAGUCAGCUGCUGCAGUUGUCUCUCAAGAAUACCAGAAUCUUCGCUUGUACUUUUUCUUCCUUUCGAAUCUAUCUUAAAGUUCCCGAAUCUACACAGUCUAAUCACCAUCCUCUCUGCCUGCACCACUAUCACCUCCGAAUACCCAGCUGGAUGUCAAUGCAAAGGACAGCCGGGCCUUUGGUUCUCCUUGACAUCAAUCCCUUUGCUCAUUGCUAGGCUGUGAUUUUCGCAGUGCAUUCCUGCACACACUCACUCCUCCCAUCAGUCAUUUUCAUCUCAGAUGACCCUCCAGCUCCCACGUCCAGUUGAUCCAAAGGUAAGCUCUGUCUCUUCCUGCCCCACCUCAGCUACUACUAUAAAUUAGCAGCCUCUGAAAUCAGUUACCAAUUGGUCAUCACCAAUUUGUCCUCCCUCCCCAGUACCAACCAGUGCCCACAUGCUUGCAGCACCACACCCCCUCCAUCCUCUGUCCUUCCCGCCUGGACUACUGGUCUACCCUGUCACUGGACUUCUUGCCUCACUUCAACCUGAUCGUGUUCUCCGCCCUUCCCUUAGUACUGCACUCUCUCCGUCUCUUUAGACUACUACCCGGUCCGCCCCGGCUGGAUCAGGAAAUAGAUUGCUGAAAGAUUUUAAUCCUAUCUUUUCACUUCUGUAUUUUUUUAGCACCAGAUCUUUCGUUUUUCAUCAUUUGUGCUCAAUAGACAGCACAGGACAUAGCAGCUGUGCAUUCUAAGUAAGACUACAACAAUAUUUGUGUCAUUGUCCAAGAUAAUAAAGAGAUGCAAUCGUGGUAAGGACAGAGAGGUUACCGGGAAUAUAUAUCUUUAAAAUAACACUUUGUUUCUGCUUUCAUGGAAUAAGAUGUCUGUUUCUGUAGUUAAUAAGCUUUUAAGUACCUUAGCAGUAAUUGAGAUCCUACUGUGGCCAAUGGUGUCCUAUCACAAUCUUACCUCUUAGCACUUGAUAACACCCUCACUGGAUAAUGAUGGCAAAUUCAUAGGGUCCAGAUGAAAGUAAAGGGUUACUCACUCAAAAUUAGAAGUUAAAUUAAUGAACUUAACAUAGAACAAGCCCUGUUUUAUAUAAGAUAACAAAUAUCCUGAAGCAGUACCCAGGGAUGUUAGGCAUUCAUUAUUUUUUAAAUCGCCCAAUUAUAUGUAAUUUCAUGCUAAUCUAAAUGGUGCCAUUUUUUCUUUUGGCAUCUAUAAUUCACCGCGAAACACCCCCAUAAUUGUGUAUAAAAGCUCAGCGAAACCCUCCAUACGAGCUCGUUCUCCUGACAUUUCUCUCCUCUGAGCAUUUCUGGCAGCACCAUGUCUCUCCGAUUUUCCGGUGGAUCUAGGCACCUUGGCUUACACCCCGGCGCGGGAUCUGUUAGACCACCCAGUGGGGGCAUUGGCUUCGUCAGGAGCACAUGUGGAAACUCUGUCAUUGGAAGUGGAUUUUCCUGUGCCUUGGGAGGAGGAGCGGGCGGUGUUCCCGGUGGGAUCCACGGCGGCGGGGCCCCUGGAAAUGCCUGUGCUGGCUUUGCUGUGAGCGAGGGCGGCCUCCUCUCGGGGAACGAGAAGGUGACCAUGCAGAACCUCAACGACCGCCUGGCCUCCUACCUGGACAAUGUGCAUGCGCUGGAGGCGGCCAACGCCGACCUGGAGAGAAAAAUCAAGAGCUGGUAUGAAAAAUACGGCCCUGGAUCUUGCCGUGGACUGGACCACGACUACAGCAGCUAUCACCUAACAAUCGAGGAUCUCAAAGCGAAGAUUAUCUCAUCAACUGCUGCUAACGCCAAUGUCAUUCUGCAGAUUGAUAAUGCCAGAUUGGCCGCUGAUGACUUCCGGCUAAAGUAUGAAAACGAGCUCGCCCUGCACCAAAACGUAGAGGCCGACAUCAAUGGACUGCGGCGUGUCCUGGACGAGCUGACCCUGUGCAGGACCGACCAGGAGCUGCAGUUUGAGUCCCUGAGCGAGGAGGCGACCUACCUCAAGAAGAACCACGAGGAGGAAAUGAAGGCCCUGCAGUGCGCGGCGGGGGGCAACGUGAACGUGGAGAUGAACGCGGCCCCCGGCGUGGACCUCACGGUGCUGCUGAACAACAUGCGGGCGGAGUAUGAGGCGCUGGCGGAGCAGAACCGCAGGGACGCCGAGGCCUGGUUCAGCGAGAAGAGCGCCUCGCUGCAGCUGCAGAUAUCCCAAGACGCCGGCGAGGCCACUCGGGCCAGGACGGAGCUGACGGAGCUGAAGCGCACGCUGCAGACGCAGGAGAUCGAGCUGAGGUCCCUCCUGGCCACGAAACACUCGCUGGAGUGCUCCCUCAGCGAGACCGAGAGCAACUACUGCUCACAGCUGGCCCAGAUCCAGGCGCAGAUCGGGGCCCUGGAGGAGCAGCUGCACCAGGUCAGGACCGAGACCGAGGGCCAGAAGCUGGAGUACGAGCAGCUGCUGGACAUCAAGGUGCACCUGGAGAAGGAGAUCGAGACCUACUGCCGCCUCAUAGACGGAGACGAGGCGUCAUGUUCCAGAUCAAAAGGCUUUGAAUCAGGAAGCUUAGGGAAUUCAUCUAAAGAUUUAUCCAAAACCACGCUGGUAAAGACGGUGAUCGAGGAGCUAGAUCAACGUGGCAAAGUCCUUUCAUCCAGAAUUCACUCCAUUGAGGAAAAGACGUUGAAACCGACCACCAGCAAGACAGACCCGAGGGCCUCCUUCUAGCUGCCAUUCAGGGAGGAGUUUGGGGAGGACCCAGCAACCUGCAUCGUCCUAGAUAUCAAAAUGAAAACACUGCCUAAGUUUAAAGAUAAGUUUCUUAGCCAAAAUAGCUUCUCUGGAAUGCUGGGUGUUUGCUUCCAAAUAAAUACAAAAGUUGAAAAA